CUUCCUUUGGGUUUCUAGUUCUUCUUUGCUGCUGGCUACGUUGGUUUUAUUAUCAUUACUUUGUGUUUUGAGCAGGGUCUCAUUUAUUUUGUCAAAAUUAAUGGAGAAUGUGCUGGAAAUGAUGAUGUUCUUGGUUUAUUGAGAUUGGUACCGAGUUAAUUAUUGUGUUUUUCAUUAUGAGAAUUCUUCUGUUUCCUGAAUUGGGUUUAAUUUGGUUGUGGUCAAGGAUGAAUAGAAAUGCGGCCAGAAAUAGUUUGGUUUAAUCUAGAAUAUGAUCUUCCUGGUCAUGUUUCAAUCUUUUAGUAAUUGAUUGGGUUUUGUUCAAGCUUGGGCACUUAUUCGUUAUUCAUCUUUAAUUGAGUUGGAAUCAGUAUUAUGAAUCAUUUCCAACCACUUUGCUGUGCUUCCCCAGCUCUUAGAUGUUUGUUUAUGUGGAUUCUUGCAUUAAGGUAUUUGUUUAAAUAUUUUGUUUCCUCUUUUCCCUUAGUUUUGGUUCUGCUUAGUCCUAAUUUGCUUCAGUUGGAUAUGGGUUUGAGAACUUAGCGAGGUUUGAUGAUACUUCGGUUGGUUCUCCCUUCUCCCCUUUCGCCUUCUAUAGCUUCAGUGAAAAUGGAGUAAAGUAGUUUUAGGUCGGUAAGAGUUAUAGGAGUUUUUGUGCUCUUAGAAAUCUUAACUCUUUGGUGUUAUGCAUGGAUUUAACAUUGCCAAACCACCUCAUUGCAGCUCUUACCAUAUGGAUAUUACGUUAGUGCUACCUAAAAAAUAAUUAUAUUGAACAUAAGACUCUACUGGAGAGGUAGACUGGGAACAAGUAGGUAUUACAUACUUUGCCAUUAACGAAAUCAAUUGCCUGUUUAAACCAUUGUCAUUUUUCCUUUGCGGUUGUGUUGAUGAGGAUUGCUGCUAGAUUUAACUUGAAGUGAAACUAACUUAGAUUACAUCUGAGGCAUGAUAAAUGUGCUAACUUGGGCUAAGUGACUUCCCGGUGUCUGACAUGGCACUCAAUUUUGCAUUUUGAUAUGCCUGUAAUAAAUAUGCCAUAGAUAUUAAGGUGCACGUGGAUGGUGCAUCAAGUACUAGUGGAGUAAUUAGGCCAAUUCAUUAUUUAAUCAAUUACAACCAGCAUUUGUGCAUACUAAAGAAUUGUGGUGAAAGAACUGAAAACAUCAUUUCUUCCUCUCUAUUUCCCAUCUCCUUUACUAAACUAUUUACAUUUCUUCUCUUGAUUUGAUGUUUUGCUUGAAGUGCUAUAGCUCGAAUGCCUAUCUCAUGAAGUAUUGUCUCGCCCAUCCAAAAGUUGUUUCAGAUGCCAACAAGGACACCGCUCCUUGAAUUCAGCUCAAAAUGUUCCCUUACAUGCAUUACUUUUUUAAUUUGUAUAACACGUAUUGUGAUACUAUGAUGCUCAAUUACGUGGCUAUGCUGUGUCUUUUGUCUUGAAAUAUACAUGUGGUAAUGUAUUUUUACCAUUCAUAACAUAAUGUAUAUUUUGCAACUUGUGCUUUAUGGGCAACAAAGCUUCGACUUUUCUGUGUCUCUUUUGUUUCUGUUUCUUUCGCUGGCAUUUUCUUCUUUAGUUACCUCAAGUCGGUAUUAUUCCUACCAUCGUGACCUUUGAAAUAAUUCUAGAAGUUGCAAAUGUUAAGGCACCAUUUGAAGAUGUUAAUUCACAUGGACUUCAAGACUUCCAAACUGUCAUCAUUUAAAAGCUGUUGCCACUUCAUGAAUUUAAUUGCGUGUUUUAUCCAAAAAGCUGUUGCACAUACCAACAGAAACACAUUCCUUGAAAUUGUUUUCAGAGUCUGAAUUCUGUGAUGUGAGUUAGUUAUUGUAAAUUGAGUAACAUUUUCUGUUGUACUAAAUUAUGUGGCAUCUAUAGUCCGACUUAUGGCUUGAUUAUAGACGUGAUAACAUCUUUUACCUAUUUAGACUGAGAUAUUGCACAACACAGCCUCUGCUUCCCCAUGACUUUCUUUUUUGUGAUCAUUGAUUUUUCACCUUUGUCGUUUCCUCUUUAAUAUACUUCCCGGCUUCAAUGCUUAGCUCUGUUACCUUGAACAUAAAUGCCAAAGUUGCUAACUAUUCGAACGAAUCAAAUGAAUGGAGAUUUAUGGUCAGAACAAGCAUCAUAAAAGACAAGUUCCUAUCCCAUGAGUUGUUGUGCAUCCAUCCAAAACUUGUUGCACAUAUCAACACAAACAACACUCCGUGCACUUUGUUGUGACGUUAGAUUCUGUGACAUCCAUUACAUUUCGAGAAUUGUUUGACAUGUAUUGUUUUACUACAUUACAUAUGUUGUAUAUUGUGACAUAUGUUAUGAUAUGUACACUUGGUAAUGUAUUGUACCCAUUUAUAUUGAAGGACAUUGAGUAAUGAGUUAUGUAUGGGUAAGCUACCUACCGAUUUUCUGCUUAUUGCUUGUUUGUUGUCAUUAGAUUAGUUGAAGUGGGUCCUAUACUUAGUUCUGUAACUUUUGAAACGAAUUCCAUUGUUAGAAUUGCCAAGAUAUUCCAUUUGAAGACAUAAAUUUGAAUUAACUAAAAAUCUUCCAGAAGAUUCUAAUUUUGAACUAUCAUUAUAUAGGACGGGCUGCUGUUAUCGCGAAUGCAACAAAUUUGCAUCUUCAACUAAUUCUAGUCAUUCGGAGAUGUUAGCUUUACUAAUUCUUUGAGUUUGAGUUUUGAAGGGUAAUUUUUUUUUUCAGAAUGAUAAAAAUCAGCUGUGGAUACCAAAUUUUUUUUUUUCUCUAGGACAUUAUUACUAUUCUAAAUGAAAUGUUGCUAUCAUAUGUAGCCAAUCAUAAAAUAGAUUUACUAUGCCAGUGGCUACUGUUUCUUGUAGAGUUGCAAUGAACUUAAAUAUGCCUUAAUCCAUUAGUUACUCUAUAAAAGGGCAGUCAUCGUGGCAACCAUAUAUUAUGCCAAUCAAGCUAGCCUUCCCCUCUCUGUACUUUUUGACAUCUAAACUGUUCUAGUUAGAUCAUUCAUCAGAAAUAAGUCAAUGAUCAUAUCUCAAAUAGCUUUGCAGCUCAUCUUGAUUAUAGCGGAAUAUUUCCCAUGAAAUUGUUGGAUUGCAUUUUGGUUUAUUUUUGCCUGUAAUAGGGGUUACAUUAUUUUGAACAUGGUUGUUAUUAGGUUAUAUUAUCCAACUGUUUUAUUGAAAUUUGGCUGGGGACAGAUUUAUCUUUCACAUUUCCAUUCAAAAAUGAGAAAAAGACAUGCCAGACAACCAUGCAAUUCAUUAAAUAUUGUGUCAGUUAAUUAAGGAACCAAUGGAUUGGAAACUAAUGUUAGAAUCUCCUAGAUAAUGAUGCCAACUGUAACUUUAUUUCCUGAAAUCAGAUGGAUAUUUACUUGCGGUGAAUGCGAUUACCAAUUUCACAUGAAUUCAUAUGAGACUGGGAUUGUAAAAUGUUCAGUGCGAUGGUAACUGUUUAGUUUUCUGAAUUUGUGCGGCACUUGCUAUUGCUCUUCUUUUUCUUUCUUUUGGUUUAUCUGCUUAUGGUUUCAUUAUGGUGCUGGCGUCUGCCUUUUCUUUUCAACUUGUAUCUCUGGAGGUAAUUCAGCUGUAGUACUUCACUAGAAGUGGUGUGAAACCAGAUUACUACUAAGAUAAAGUUUCUGUUAUUGUCUUCCUGGCCAGCUGAUUUUUAAAACAAUUGUUGAAAUAAGGACAGUUGUGAACCAUAUUUCUCUUGGGAAGGAAUUCUAAUCUUAUGAAAUAUGUGAAAAUAAAUCGGAAAUCAGCAUAUUAGAUCCUGAUCACAGAUGCAUUUUCAGGUGUAUCCCUUUCAAGUAUAGAGAUUCAGGAGAAAAUGGUGAUGAUUCAUCAGAGAGAACUGUUGAAGUUCUGAUGAUUAAUUCAAGUGGUGGACCUGGCCUUCUCUUCCCUAAGGGUGGGUGGGAAAAUGACGAAACAGUUGAGGAGGCAGCAAUUCGUGAGGCAGUGGAAGAGGCUGGGGUGCGUGGGGAUCUACUGCAUUCACUAGGCGAGUACGAGUUUAAGAGCAAAACACUGCAAGAUGAGUCCAGUCCAGAAGGAUUGUGUAAAGCCACCAUGUUUGCCUUACUUGUAAAGGAAGAGCUUGACUCAUGGCCAGAACAGAAUCUUCGCCAACGAAGUUGGUUGACUAUUCCCAAAGCAUUAGAGUGCUGUCGGUAUAGCUGGAUGCGCGAUGCGCUAGAGAACGGGUUCUUAAAGUGGUAUGAUGAUGGCAUGAUUACUCCAAAAAAAGAAGAUAUAUCUAACUAGUUCCAUGAAUUCUCAGUGACCUACUUUUGGGGAGUUGUUUAGGGUCUUUAGCUAGGUGCCAUUUCUGAGUUGUGUUGGUGCCUUCGAACGUACAUUUCAAAAUUUUCGUUAUCCUGUCUAGAUAAUAGAUGGUCAGAGAUAAUCUUAGUAGUUUUCUUAACAUUUGUCUUAGGUUUACUUGUUUUAGAAAUUCUAACCCUUUAAUUUUCGAGCCAUUUCUUACAAACAGAAAAGAGAGAAUUUUUUUUUUUUUUUUAGGGAAAUCAAGCAAGAAAAGAAAUGAAAGUGAGCUCUUCCUUUUUUUUUUUUUUGCGAUUUCCGAUUGUCAUAAUCUGAUGUUUUUCUUGAUAUAUGGUUCUUUUUUUUUAUCAAACAAACAAUCUGAUGUUCC